AACAAGCUGUCAAUGACGUUCAGUUUUAUUGUUAUUGAGAGAGUCAGUAAAUGAUCCAGUACUCGUAUAUAACACGAAAAAAAAUUGAAAACUUUUAUUUAGAGUGAAUAUAUCGUGAACCUUUUCAUUUUUCAUACAAUAAUGGGAAAUAAAUCGUCACUUCUUUUGCGCCCAGAGGAAAUUGCCCAAAUCCAAGAAGAAACCGGAUUUACACCAAAUCAGAUUGAGCGAUUAUAUUCGCGUUUCACAUCGUUAGACAGAACUGACUGUGGAACUUUAUCGCGAGAAGAUUUCUUAAGAAUUCCGGAGUUGGCCAUUAAUCCAUUAUGCGAUAGAAUAGUGCAUGCAUUUUUUGCAGACAGUACUGAUGAUCGCGUAAAUUUCAGACAAUUCAUGCAAGUAUUGGCCCACUUUCGACCUAUAAAAAAGAGUUCGGCCAACAAAUUGAACAGUCGUGAAGAAAAAUUGAAAUUUGCAUUCAAAAUGUACGACUUGGAUGAUGAUGAAUCUAUAUCCAGAACUGAACUACUAAACAUAUUGCAUAUGAUGGUAGGCGCAAAUAUCAGUCAAGAUCAGCUAAUGAGCAUUGCAGAGAGGACAAUAAUGGAAGCAGAUCAAUGUGGAACCGGGAAAAUUUCCUUUGAUGACUUCUGCAAGGCUCUAGAACGAUGUGAUGUUGAACAAAAAAUGUCUAUUCGAUUUUUGAAUUAAAUUCAUAUAAAUUUGUAAUUUGCGAAGUAAAUUUCAUUUGAAGUUUGAUGCAGAGACUAUUUUAAGCUGCAGUUAGUAUCUUUAUCUGCUGUUCUUAAUAAAAAAAUGCAGUCGUAAAUUUUGUAAAAUUAUUAAAAUUUUAAAAAGUUCUGGGACAGUUUUAGUGGCAAUGUCCUCUAUUUCGAGCUCAACAAUCAUUUGCUUCAUAUGUAAUAUAAUAAAAAACCAAUAUUGAAAAAAUGUCCUUGAAAAAAAUUAUGUCAUGUCCUCGAUUUUUUCUGUUCUGCAGUGUAACAUUUUCUUAAAAUAGUCUCUGGUUUGAUGAUUGGUUAUGGUUGAAUGAUUUAAAUAAAGUGGUUUAAAAAUGGUA